AUGGCUGCCAAACUAGUAGACAAGAAGCUUCACAACGUCCCAGGGAAGCUCCGUGUAGCAGAACUGCUCUUUGACGUUCCAGUCAACUACAGCCGGCCAAAUGAUGGCACUUUGAGGCUUUUUGCCCGCAGUGUUCGGCGUUUGACGACUUCAUUUGAUGCUCCAAAGGAGGACAAGCAACUGCCUUGGCUUGUAUACCUACAGGGUGGACCUGGUUAUGGAUGUCGACCUCCUCAGGAGAAUGGCUGGAUUGGCACCGCCCUUGACAAGGGAUACCAGGUUCUGUUUCUAGAUCAACGUGGCACUGGCCUCAGCUCCACGAUCAGUGCAGGUACCCUUGCCUUGAAAGGCAAUGCAAUCAAGCAGGCGGAGUACCUGAAGAACUUCCGAGCCGAUAACAUUGUCAGAGAUUGUGAAGCCGUUCGCCGUUGCCUUACCGUGGACUAUCCCGAAGAUAAACGUAAAUGGAGUAUUAUCGGCCAGAGUUUCGGUGGUUUCUGCGCUGUGACGUAUCUUUCUAUAUUCCCAGAGGGGUUAGCGGAAGCGUUUAUUUGCGGCGGAUUGCCUCCUCUUGUCAAUGAUCCUGACCCAGUCUAUGCACGGACAUACGAAAAGCUGGAGGAGCGAAACAAGGCCUAUUACUCCAAGUUCCCUGAAGAUGUUGAGAGAGUCAAGAGAAUCAUGCAGUAUCUCGAGGAGAACGAUGUUUCUGUUCCGUCCGGGAGACUGACACCCGCGAGAUUCCAGCAAUUGGGUCUGAUAUUUGGCAUGCACGAGCUUGUUCUGCGCGCCUGGAAUGAUCUCGAGAUCUUUGGCUUCCUGACUCAUCCUACGCGCACUUCAAUCGAUGCCGCAGGUGGCUUUGAUGGUGCUGUUAUUUAUGCCAUUCUUCACGAAUCUAUCUAUUGCCAAGGGCAAGCUUCAAACUGGUCUGCGGAUAGACUUCGUUCGGCCAAUGCGAACUUCAGCAUUGAUGCCAGCCGACCAGAGAUCUGGUUUACGGGCGAAAUGAUUUACAAGGACAUGUUCGACUCGUACGACGAGCUCAACGAGAUCAAGGAGGCGGCAGACAUCCUCGCAACUACCAAGGACUGGCCUGCGCUCUAUGACGAGGCCCAGCUGGCGAAGAAUGAAGUUCCUGUCUACGCUGCUACGUACAUAGAUGACAUGUACGUGCACUUCAGUCAUGCCUCAAAUACGGCUGCGAAGAUCAAGGGUAUCAAACAGUUCAUUACGAAUACCAUGUAUCAUAAUGCUCUCCGAGCUAAGUCGGAUGAGGUUAUGCAGCAGCUUUUUGCCUUGAGGGACGACUCUAUUGAUUAG